AUGGUACUCGCUACCAGCAUUAGCCCUUCAUGCUCUUCGUCAAACACGACAACGAGAUUGGAAGAGGUUCGAGAGUGGACUCAUUCGUUCGACAAAAAUCGAAUAAUAUAUCUUGGUACUGGCUGCAAAAGGACGAGAACUUCACAGAUAUUCGGUCUAACUGCAUCCGUGGCAUCAGAAGUUUUGGUUCCGAAAGGUUCCGUGUCAGACACCUCUCGACCGAAGUUUCCUCCUCGACGUCCCAUUCAGCGCGCACUGUCUGUAUCAGAGGAGAAUUUGAUUCCAAUUUCGGACCUCAUUCUGCUGACUGAGUAUCCAGUAUCACCUCUCCACAAUCCGAUCGUAGCUUUCCACGAGGCCACGAACUACGUGUACUUUCCAACGCCAACCACAGAGUACAUCGACAAGAAUCAAAACGCCUUGAUAUCAGCGGCUAGCCCUCCGCUGUUUUCAUCUGCCAAUGGUACACAAGGGAGGGGAGACGCUGCCGGAUUGCUGAUAGCCACAGUCAAGUCUUUCGCUGAAAGAACAGUCCAUUUCCUGUACCAGCUGAUACCGAUGAAAGGCAAUUGGACGCGUUGGUGCUCUAGGGCCGAAAGUGAGGGAGCUCAAGAGAAGCAGAGCGUUCGAAGCUUCUGCAGGCAGGAUCGGAUAGACUGUGAAGCCAGAUCAUCUCUUCCAACAGAUCCAGACCGUAACUCGGCGGAAUUUUGGCACCUAGAGUCUGAGGAGGAUGAAGGCCAUAUCUCUGAUAUCGGGAGUCCGAUUCUUGAUGACUUUAUGUUGUCAUAUUCGCAAGUCGAGCGCGCCUCCGGUCUCGAAGACGAAGACGAGGUUUGCGUACUCCUCCAGGAAGGAGCAAAUCUUCCGGAGGAAUUGAUUAGUGGCCUCGUUGAGACUUCGACGAAUGAGCCAUGUUCCCAAUCAGUCGGGCUUGAUUGCCAAAUAGUAUUUCCUCCAAUCCUGAAUCCUGACGAUGAAAACCUGUCGGAGACAGAUUCAUCCAACAAUUCCGAGCUGGACUGGGAUGGCAAUUAUGCAGGUCAAACGAAUCAGUCGAACUCGGUAUCAUGGGAUAGGAUAUCAGUACCACGAACCUUUCCCGUCGUAAAGUAA